CUUCCCCUUCUCCUUCUAUCCCUUUGCUCACCUGCGCUGUGCAGACCUGCGAUCCCACCUGUUAUCCCUCUACCACGGCCUCCAUCUUUCUGAUUUGCCUCUUUACUUGCGCAAUCUCUGCCGGGAAGAGCCAGUCGUCAGCGCGUGCACCGUCCUCAUCCCGGACCUGCGGUGUCGCCAUCUCCGGCCCUCUGCAAACUUGCCCGUCACUAUCGCGACGCAGCAAAAGCCCGGUGCCGAUCAAGUCGUCUCUGAGACGGCCACGCGCCUCGCAUCGCAUCGCGCAAUUUUUCCCUCCUCAAUCCCCUCUCUUCUGACCCGAAUCGUCGCCCACAAUGUCCUCCGGCGUGGUGCGCUCCACUGCCCUUAGAGCCGGCGGCGCUUGUGUGCGCUGCCGCAAGGGCAAAACCAAGUGUGUCUACGAAAACGGCCGCGCGCCUUGCAAAAACUGCGCAAAAGGCAUGCAUGAGUGCUAUCUGCCCUCGGAGAGCAUGGCCCAUCACCACGGUCAAAGCCCAGCUCGCCAUACCGCUGCCCAUCGCCCUUCUCGCGACGCUUUGCCGGCCUCCGGGCCCGGUGCCUCUGACGCCAGGCAGCCCGUUGUGGGCUCAGGCGGAGCCAGACACGUUCAGACCACCUCCGAAAAGCUUACACCAGAGCUCAUCGCCGAGUGCGAGCGUGUCGUCUCAAAGACAUUCCCGGCCUGCGUGGCCUUUCACAAGCCGACGUUUGUGCAGCAGCUCAAGAACGGGACGCUGGAAUCAAGCCUCGUCUAUGGUCUUUUGACAGCAGCCGCACGGAGCUCUCCAAACCUCAUCCGCCGCUAUGGUGGCACCCCCACGGCGGCUGCCGACACCUUUGCCGGAAAGACAGUUUCCUUAAUCAAUGCCAACCUGGACCAGCCUAACCUCGCUGAUAUCCAGGCUCUCUGCCUCGUCAUCAUUCACGAAUGGGGCAGCCGGAAUGCCGUCCGUGCCUACGUCUAUCUCGGCCAGGCCACGCGGCUGUUGCAGAUGUACCGGAUUCUUAACAGCCAUCACGCAUCUGACAAUGCCGACCAGUUCCUGCGUGACGAGUCCUUUCGCCGCACCUUGUGGCUGACUUACAUCCUCGACUGCCUUCUCACCUGUACCCCUGGCCGCUACCCUGCCCUGGCUCUUCAGGAUACUACCGACGUGGCCUUGCCCUGCUCGGACAUCAACUUCGCAUUUGGUAAUACCGUAUAUGUGAAGACGCUUCCGCAGCAGCUCGCCCAACACAAUGCCCACGCAUCACCAGGCCAUGUGCCAACCGGUGAGAUUGGCGAGUACGGAUACAUCGUCUUGGCUGCCACCAUCUGGCGCGAUGUCGUUGGCAUGCUCGCCGUGUCUAGCUUCCGUGAGGAUGAUUGUACAGACCUCGUCAUCAAAAUCGAGAGGCUCCGAGCCACCCUCCCUAUGCAGUUUGUCGAUAAGCCUGGCCAAAUCAACCUUCAUAUGACGAUGGGAUCUGGCUACACUUUUGCCAUGCUGCACUGCCUGAUUCACUGCGCUACCAUAUUCGUCCAUCGUCGACGGCUCUUGGAGGAUGUGACAUCUCCCUCGUUCAACAUCGAAUCAUACCGGAUGAGCCCCCGGUGCCACGACAUCGUCGAUCGACUCUUCACCUCCUGCCACGGCACUUUGUCUCUCCUGGCAGCGGUCGAGUCUGGCGCUGAGAAGGAUCAUGUCACCUGCUUCCCCAUUUUCAUGCUCUUCUCCGCAUUCACCGCCGGUGCGACCAUUGCCUACCUUUCACUCAAGGGGUUGACACCUCCCAAUGCCGUCGAGACGGCGGCGCACAUUGUCAAGGACGGGCUGCGCUUUAUGCACGAUGGCAACGAGAAUUGGCCUCUCAUGACAAGUUGGCUUAGGCACCUGACCGUUAUGCAACGCGUCCUGCACAACGAUGCCGCGGCCAUGAUGGGCGGCCCUGCUAGCCACGCGCCUCACCCUCACAUGCCUUCGGCUGCCAUCAAGGACGAGAUGUCGUCAAAUGCUGAUACCAACCCAGAUGCCAUGGAAUAUGACCAGCAGAACUCUAGUAUCGCGCCUGGCCAGCACCCCAGUGAACCACGCUCGGUAUCCGGCUCUGCCCGAGGGGAAAGCAGCGAGCCGCCCAUCUCCCUUCCGCGGCGGCCCGGGGUCACAACCAUCAACGGAGGAUCUAACCACGUCUCCACCCCGGACGCCGUAUCUCCGCCACCAGCCGGUGCGCCGCAAGCGAAUAUGCAGGUGCAUGAGGUUAAGCGACAAAGUCCCGAGAUGGUUCAAAAUGGCAUGGUCUCCGUCCACGACGGCCAGACUACGAGUCAAGACAUGACUGCCCCAGAGCUGUGCGAGGCUUUUGAGCGCCAGCUCCUAGACCUCGACGACCUUGCCGCCUUCAUGGGUGGCGGAGUCUGACUCGAGACAGCAGGCGAGGCAAGCGAGGCAUCGCAGAUGGCAGCUACAGACGGAGCCAUGAUGCUAAUGACCCUCGCUGGGCGCUCAAUGUAGAGAGGGCGGGCUGGCUUGGUUACUUCUCCCUCUUCUCUUCUCUUUCUCCUCUCUCUCUCUUUUCUUUUUUCAAGAGCGUACAAGACGGGAUCUGCAAGACAAAGAAAGGCUAUACAAAAUUACGGCAUCGUCAAGACGCAUAUAAUGACACGACACGGAGACUGGGAUCGUUAUGGAUUGAAUUAAUAUGGGGGGUUUGUACGUGUAGGACUAUUAACCGGGCAAGUCUCCUUUUUUUUAUUUGGAUUUUGGUUUUCCGAUACCC